UAGUGGUUAUCUCGUUUUUCGUUUGGAGCUUGCUGUUCGCAUUUGUUCGCCUGCCCGCGCGUUGAAAACUUGUUACUUAAUUUCCAUUGCUGCCACACGUGCUUGGUUAUAACUGCAGUGCGCUAAUCAGUCGCUCGUCAGCUAGGCAAACCCACCAAGCAAUUACUCAGGCUGUCUUCGAGCUUGGCAUUACAUAAGAAACUUAUGGCCGAGCGAAAAUAAAAAUAUAGCAACUGCGGGCGAUUAUUUCAUCAGCACUCUGGGAACGGAAGAACCGAAGAGGCGAAGUUAGCAAAACAAAAGUCUGGUCCACCAACAAAAAACGGGUGAAAAUAUGAGCUGGGCAACAACAAAGCAAAGGCAGAAAUGUUUCAACUGUAGCAGCGGCAGCGACAACAACAACCGGAGCAGCAGCAGCAGCAGCAACAACAACUGUGCGCCUAGCAACAAGAUAGAUUCGGCGAGCGAUUUCCUUUGAUUUGCGCCCGUUUGUCGAAAGCCCAAAAGCCAAAGAGUGUAAAUAGCACGUAGUUUUAGUACAAUUCACCGCAGCACAAGUGAAUUUCACAUAGGGCAGUGAAAAGCCCGGCGAUAGCAACAAUAAUACAGAAGAAGCGCACAAGAAAUCAAUCGGAAACCGCACAAUGAAUCCGAUCAAAGCACAAGCGACGGGCAGUCCCAAGAAAUUCAACGUAUUCGCCCAUGUCAAGUACGAGCAUAUGGUGGCCGGCGUUUCCGGCGGAGUGGCGUCCACCCUCAUUCUACACCCCCUGGAUCUGAUCAAGAUUCGAUUCGCAGUGAACGAUGGCCGGACUGCGACCGUGCCGCAAUACCGGGGUCUGAGCAGCGCCUUUACCACAAUUUUCCGGCAAGAGGGCUUCCGUGGACUCUACAAGGGCGUCACCCCCAAUGUCUGGGGAUCGGGCUCCUCCUGGGGUCUGUACUUCAUGUUCUACAACACCAUCAAGACGUUUAUCCAGGGAGGCAACACCACCAUGCCCCUGGGUCCCACGAUGCACAUGCUGGCAGCUGCGGAAUCCGGAGCUCUCACCCUGCUGCUGACCAACCCCAUCUGGGUGGUGAAGACGCGACUCUGCCUGCAGUGCGAUGCCUCGAGCAGUGCCGAGUAUAGGGGCAUGAUCCACGCCCUGGGCCAGAUCUACAAGGAGGAGGGUGUGCGUGGCCUAUACCGCGGCUUUGUGCCCGGCAUGCUGGGCGUCUCCCACGGAGCCAUCCAGUUCAUGACCUACGAGGAGAUGAAGAACGCCUACAACGAGUACCGAAAGCUACCCAUCGACACGAAGCUGGCCACCACCGAGUACUUGGCCUUCGCGGCUGUCUCCAAGCUGAUCGCGGCGGCGGCCACCUACCCGUACCAGGUGGUGCGGGCACGGCUGCAGGACCACCACCACCGCUACAACGGCACCUGGGACUGCAUCAAACAGACUUGGAGCUUCGAGGGCUUCAGAGGUUUCUACAAGGGUCUCCAGGCGAGCCUGACGCGCGUGGUGCCCGCCUGCAUGAUCACCUUCCUGGUGUACGAGAACGUCUCGCAUUUCCUGCUGGCUAAGAGAAAGAGGAUCGAGGCUGAGAAGGAAGCUGCAAAAGUGUGAUUGCCCCUCGGGAUUCUCCACAAUUCCCUAAUAUAUUUUACCUCAGUGUGACAUUACCGUAUGUCUUUGUAGUCAACGGGCAGUUGCAAUCAUGUUGAGCAUGCGCAGCUGCCCUUAGUUUAAGCUUAAUUAGACGAGGUUGUUGAGGAGCUCUCGGCAGCUUUUACUAGUAAGUUAAGUGAAUGUUGUUCCUAGUGUGUUUCAGCAUGGACUUGUUGAUUGGAUUCUGACAAAAAGCCAUGGGUAUGCUAACAUUUAUUGAAAACUAGAUUUAAAAGUGUAAUUAUUUUUGAAAAUAAACCAAAUUCUUGU